AUGGAUGAUCCCAAGGUUUCCCCAUCGGAAAUGAUGGACAAAGUCGAUGAGGCUGCGGCUGCCAUGUCUUCUGCCGAAGGGGAGAAGUGUUCUCUUGGUGGUGAGGUUUUCGAGGGCGUCGAUGCUGCCGGCAACUCCGGGCUUGUGAAACAUGCUUUCAAAUUUAAUGAGGUGCCCAGCCCGGUUUCCCAAGAUCAAGGCUCGUCCUCCACUACGAAGUUCAAGGCCAAGGCCAAGGACAAGACCAAUUCCAACGUCAUUCCCAAGAAGAAUAGGAGGCGGAGAGCGCACAGCACUGAGGACGAGGAUACGGAUUCUGAGAUGCCGUCCGACAAAAACAAGACCAAGUCCAAGGCCAGCUCGAAGAAGGCUGGGAAGAAGAGAGCAGCCGACACUGAGGACGAGGAUACGGAUUCUGAGAUGCCGUCCGACAAAAACAAGACCAAGUCCAAGGCCAGCUCGAAGAAGGCUGGGAAGAAGAGAGCACAUACCCCUGUGGAGGAGGGGUUAGAUACUGAGAUGGCGUCCGGGAUAGGCUCUGCGAAAAAGAAGCGCGAGGUAACGGUUGUUGCUGAAUCGCCAUCCUCUGGCAUGAUGAAGUACGAUAUGGCCAACUACCAACUGUACAACCCAGCAAUGAAAAAUCGCGGCAUCCACGUGGACGAACCGCACUCCACUUUCGCGAAGUACGACUCCUAUACCCUGUUCAUGGUCCCUGGUAAUAAAUCCAUCGACAAAAUCCCUGCGAAAGGUGUACGCCUGGAUGACCUGAAUGUUGCUAUUGUUAUUGAAUCUGGAGAGCUGGGCAGGAAGCAACGGAACGAGAAUUGGAAGGCGGAAUUCGAUAUAAAGGGGAUGGUCCGUGGGUUACGUGUUCCUUUUGGACAUGCUGCCAAAGAAUUCAGAAGAAGGGAGACGUGGACAUCGAUGGAAAGGUGCUUAGGGAUGCUGACGAACGCUGGUACUAUCUAUGGUACAGAGGCUUGCAUCUCCUGUGUGGACAAGAGGGCUCGGUCGGCAAGAUUUACUUGA